CAGCCCAAUGCCUUUUCUUACAAAGAAAUCUCAGCUCCGUUUGUUUGGUGGAGCCGCCAUUUCAAAGCACCAAGAUAUCGAUGGAAAAUUUCUAAAUUUUAUUUUUUAUUUUUCUACUUUUUUAUUAGCAGCAGGACUUCGGAUACUGCAUUUAAUCUACCUCAUUUGCAUUUCUCUCAAAUCACAUUUUAUCGGUACUGCUACAAUCCUAUUUUGUCAGCAGAAAGAACAAACAAACAGAUGAAUGCUGACAGAGAAAAUAACACUACAAGAAAUUCAAAAGGUGCCAAGGAGGAAUUGGAGAAAUCUGCAGCUAAUACUUUUUCAAGGGGGCGUGGCUUCAGAGGCCAUGGUCGAGGCGGGCGCAUGGGGCGAGGAAGCAUGCGUGGAGGGCGAGGAAUGAUAAAAGGCUUUGGCCCACCUGGACGUGGGAGGGGACGAGGGAUGGACGGGGCCAUGAAUGGAUUCGGCCCCAUGAGAGGAAUGGGAAGGAUGCAGCCGUACCCAGACAUGAGAGGCUUUAGAGGUCGGGGGGGACCUGUCGGCAUGGGUCCUCCUUUCCCCCCUCCUCUUUCUCCUCCUCCUCCCCCACCUCCUCCCAUGCACCUCAGAGGCCCUUUGCCACCCAUGCCCAGGCAUGGACCUCGCCCCCCGCCUCCUCCUUGUUUUCCUGGUUUUAGAGGCCCCCCGCCCCUCCCUGGGGGGAUGCGACCUGCCAGACCUCUGCGCCCUUUCCAUCCUCGUGGCCCGAGAGGCUACCACAAAGGACCGGUCCCUCCUCCUCCGCCUCACCCCCCUCCUGGCCCAGGCCAGAGGUGGCCAGGCCCCCCUGGUGGCCGACGCUUUUUACACAGCCUGCCCCCCCAAAAACCUAUAAACAGGCACCCGUUAAUGUAAAAGGAGCCUAAAGAGGUGCAGAAACAUCUGAGUUAUGUGUCAUACACAUAGUCCAUAAAAUAGCCUGUGACCAAAUGGUAUUGUCAACUGAAAGUCAGGACGUGUAAAAACGAUAAUUACAUUUUUUUUUUUUCCCCCCACAAUUUGAACACUGUAAAGGACUUUAUUCAGUCUGUAACACGUAAAAUGCUUUUGGUUCACUUUGACACUGUUUAGAAAAAAGUUAAUGCAAGUUGUGAGCUCUUUAAUUGGAAAAAAAAAUAGUUAUGUUCAUUUCCAGUCAAUGUUCUGUGCUUUUUGUUAGAGUCACUCGUUAAGCCUUAAAAUUUUCUUUUUUCUGAUUCUUUAAGCAGAUCAAAAAUGGAAUGACUUUGUAUGUUAAAAAAGGAAAUACGUGAGUGCACUGUAAGCCCUCACAUUCUGCUGUUAGCUCAUUUCUAUACACCAUGCAGCUCCUUAAUCGUUCCCUUUGUUACCAGAAUAAAGUUCUGUCACCAAGUAGUGCUAAUAUAUUUGUCAAGUGAUAAAAUAUCAGUUUUUGUCAAGUAUUCAAAGGAAAUUCUAUAUCUUCCAUGUGCAGCUAUGAGUAUUUUGGAACAUAAAUGUGUGUCUCCAGCAGUUUGUGUAUAACAAAAAAAGUAAAUGAGUAAUAUUCUCUUCAUAUAUUUACUUUAUACUGUAGUUUAAUUUAACACAAGUCUCAAUUAAGUCAACAAUUUGCUGUGUUUAGUUUUUGGAAGUUGUUACCUCUUCACUGUAAUCUACGUCAUUUCUGUGAAUCUGUGAAUGUGUGUUUCACAAGGCAUUUGAGGUAGACUUGAAAGAAAAUAAAAGUAAAAAAUAAAUACA